AUGAUUAUAAGGAUACGAUGGCUCUUACAAUGGAUCGCGACUCUUUCCUGUUUGAUGAUGACUUCAGGUAGCCCAAUAUUUUUACAACAGCAAGGAAGAAAUUAUCGACCAGUUAUAAAAUGGAUGCCACCUAACGAUGACUGGAAUUGGACACUGACACCACGCAACGAGGAACCAUUCUUCCUUCCUUCUAAUUAUAAUCACACUUUACCGCCAUCUGCUAAUGAGACUGAACUUUUAGCCCACAUGACAGCGUUAAAAAGAAAUUAUUCUCGUCUCCUCUGGGACAGCGAUAAGAGCAGCAACCUUCCCGUUUUUGUGGAAAAGGCUCUUAAACUUCUCAAUCUAAAACAAGUUUAUUACGAAGUAGAGCACUCCGUUAUGUCUAAGGUGUCAUGCACAGCGUGCAAAGCAGGCGCGGGAUUACUACAGCAUUACAUAAGACUCGGUAAAAGCAAAGAUGAGAUUAACAAGAUGAUCUAUCAAUUCUGUGUUUCACUAAAGAUUCAAUCAGCUCGCGUGUGCGAAGGCAUCACGAGAUUGUUCGGGAGUGAAGUAGUUUACGUAUUAAAGCGUAUUACGAUAGGACCAGACGAGAUUUGCAGCUUUGUUAUUGGAGAUGCGUGUGGCGACGUUUAUAAUCCGUACCACGAGUGGGAAGUAGCAUUUCCACCUGUGCCGAAACCUGCGAUACGAUCACUAGAAGCUCCUGUCGAAAAAGCUCCGACUUUCAAAGUUCUGCAGAUUUCUGAUACUCAUUUUGAUCCGUAUUACGCUGAAGGUGCUAAUGCCGAGUGCAACGAGCCCCUAUGCUGUCGUGCAUCAAGCGGUCCAGCACUGACUCCAGGCGGAGGUGCCGGUCGCUGGGGAGACUACCGCAAGUGUGACACACCAAAACGAACCAUCGACCACAUGUUGAAACACAUAGCUGACACUCACACUGAUAUCGACUACAUUUUAUGGACUGGAGAUCUACCGCCUCACGAUGUAUGGAACCAAACCAAAGAAGAAAAUUUGAAAGUUCUCCAAGAAACUGUUGCACAAAUGUCGGAUAUGUUCCCCGGUGUGCCCAUAUUCCCGGCCCUUGGAAACCAUGAGUCAUCUCCUGUGAACAGUUUCCCGCCACCGUACAUAGCUUCUUCGGAACUGAAUAUCGCGUGGUUGUAUGAUGAGCUGGACGCACAAUGGCGUCGCUGGUUGCCUGCCGGAGUCUCCCACACUGUGCGCCGUGGUGCCUUCUACUCGGUGCUUGUACGACCAGGCUUCCGUAUCAUAUCGCUUAAUAUGAACUACUGCAAUAAUAAAAACUGGUGGCUGUUAAUGAACAGCACAGAUCCAGCGACCGAACUUCAGUGGUUGAUCUAUGAACUGCAAUCUGCAGAGUUCAGUGGUGAAAAGGUCCACAUUAUUGGGCACAUACCACCAGGCCACUCCGACUGUUUGAAAGUAUGGAGCCGUAAUUACUAUGCCAUUGUAAACCGAUACGAAUCAACGAUAACGGCCCAAUUUUUCGGACAUACACAUUUCGAUGAAUUUGAAGUUUUUUAUGAUCCGAAUGACCUUGGUAGAGCCACAAGUAUUGCGUACGUUGGACCCUCUGUUACACCGUACUACGACUUGAAUUUAGGUUAUCGAAUAUAUUAUGUAGAUGGUGACCAUGAAGCUACGACUCGGCAAGUGGUCGAUCAUGAGACUUGGAUUAUGAACUUGAAGGAGGCUAAUCUAUUCGGCUACCCGAUCUGGUACAAGCUGUACUCAGCUCGAUCUGCAUACAUGAUGCCAGCGCUGAGGCCUCAGGACUGGGACAAGUUCAUUGACGAAAUGACUACCAAAGAAGAUGUUUUUAACUUAUAUUACAAGCAUUAUUGGAAGAACAGUCCCCGUCGUGGUACAUGCGACGGUGAAUGUCGCAAGCGCCUGGUGUGCGACGCGCGGUCGGGUCGGUCGCACGACCGCCGCGCACUGUGCGGUCUGAUAGAAGCCCGCAUCGACGGUGCUGCCCCCACACCGCAGACCUGGCGCGCUUGGCUCUACAAUGGCCUGUCUGUCUCAAUGUCUAUGAUAAUGCAAAUACCUCAAGUGGCGUAUCAAAUACCAAAGUUCGUGAUGGGGCUCGGCUGA